AUGCUUCAGGCCAGCAGCCACAUUGAAAAUCUGUCUCCGGCUACUUUCGAGCAAUCACUAGGCACACAUCCUUCUCUUUCUUCUCACUCAAGCCCCAGCACUCCUGCAUGGAGGUCGAUUUUCCGCAUCGGAAACCAGUCCUCCAAGAAAUUGGCUACUGCGAACAUAUCUACCCUGACUCUCGAUACCAGCUCAUUUCAUUCUGACGCAACGUCCGCUACCCUCACCCCUUUGACACCCAACCCGCUGCUUUCUACUGCUUCCAUCCCGCUCAUCGACCAGCGAUCGUCCUACAAUUCUUCCAAUACGCUGUCCAACGAAUCCACCCGUGUCAUGCCUUCACGGACACCCAGUUUCACACCGUAUUUACCCAACUAUUCACCCUCACCCGACGCCUAUACCCCAGACACGAUGGACACGUCAGCGUCGCGCUCCCGUUCGAAGUCCAAGUCGGAGAAGCAGCGCCAACUGGGGCGGUCGAAGGGUUCGUACACGGCAGGUCCAGCGCAGCUCACAUUUCCCCCGACAAGUCCCCCGUCCUCGUCACGAUCAGGGCCGUUAUCUCCCAAGGCCAUUUCCGCGAAUGCCUCGCGCUUCAUCCGCCGCGUUGCGUCCGCACCAAACGCAAAGGGUCUUUUUUCGUUGGGUUCGCGGUCAACUUCGGGAACCACCACGAGAAAUGGAUUCCUAGCGCCCGGAGACCAUAUGCAUCAACUGCCACAUACAGUGCAGGAAGUAGCGUACUCAUCGGAACAGGGCGCGGAUUCUCUGGAAACAAUAUCCUCCACGUCAUCGAGAGGACGACCGGUGCGCCCACGUCCCGAUCGUGCAAACAGUACGACGUCUGUAUCUAAGACGAAGGACCGGAUCACGAACGCGCAUCCGAUGAAUGACGGAACUGGCAAGAUGGCAUUCCGGAGAACGUAUUCCAGCCAUUCUAUCAAAGUCAGAUCGGUGGAGGUGGGCCCAUCGAGUUUCCAGAAAAUUAAAAUGUUAGGAAGAGGUGACGUGGGCAAGGUGUAUUUGGUGCGGGAGAAGAAGUCUGGAAAGCUCUUUGCGAUGAAGGUUCUUUCAAAGAAGGAGAUGAUCGAACGGAAGAAGAUCAAACGCGCCCUCACAGAACAAGAAAUUCUGGCAACCGCGAAUCAUCCGUUCAUCGUCACUUUAUACCACUCAUUCCAGUCCGAGCAGUUCCUGUAUUUCUGCAUGGAGUACUGCAUGGGUGGCGAGUUCUUCCGCGCAUUGCAGUCUCGGCCGGGCAGAUGUCUGUCGGAGGAUGCCUCUCGAUUUUACGCUGCAGAAGUCACAGCAGCAUUAGAGUACUUGCAUCUAAUGGGUUUCAUCUACCGCGACCUCAAGCCGGAAAACAUUUUGCUACAUCAAUCUGGACAUAUCAUGCUGUCUGACUUUGAUCUAGCAAAACAGUCCGGCGAGCCUGGUGGUCGACCCGCAACUAUUCUUCAAGAAGAGAACGGGAUCCCCAUGGUUGAUACCCGCUCUUGCAUGGCCGACUUUCGAACCAACUCUUUUGUUGGUACGGAAGAGUACAUAGCUCCGGAGGUGAUACAGACGUUGGGGCACACAUCUGCAGUGGACUGGUGGACGUUGGGCAUCUUGAUCUACGAGAUGAUUUAUGCGACAACACCGUUUAAGGGUGUGGAGCGGAAUGACACAUUCCACAACAUCUUGCAUUUGCCAGUACACUUCCGGGAUACGCCCAGAGUCUCACAAGCGUGCAAGGACAUUGUCAUCCGACUGCUCGACAAGCGGGAGAACAGCCGCCUGGGCAGCAAGAGUGGUGCAUCUGAGGUGAAGCGACAUAAAUGGUUCGCCAAGGUCAACUGGGGCCUCCUGCGGAAUACCAAACCACCGAUCAUCCCAAUGGCCUCGAACGGGAUCGAUGCGGUGAACUUCCGCCAGAUGAAGGAGUCGUCCUCGCUGCACCUGGAGAGGCAGCACUCGCACUCGCCGCACCCACACCCGAAUGGUCUCCACGCGCAGUCGCAGCCCCACCUCCACGGCGUCGCGGGCGCAGGGGUUCCUGGCACACCUGGCCUCGGCGCGGACGACGGGCUUGAGCCCCCGCCGCAGGACGUUGACCUCUUCGGCGCGUUCUCCAGCAUCACGCUGCAUUACGACGGCGAGAGCUGA